AUGUGGGGGCCCCGCGGAGCAGAGGCGUGCGCGGGGGCGCUGGGCUUCGCGCUCUUCCUGCUGCUCUUCGCCCUGGGGGUCCGCCAGCUGCUGAAGCAGAGGCGGCCCGCGGGCUUCCCCCCGGGUCCGACGGGGCUGCCCUUUAUCGGCAACAUCUACUCGCUGGCAGCCUCCGCCGAGCUCCCCCAUGUCUACAUGAGGAAGCAGAGCCAGGUGUACGGCGAGAUCUUCAGUUUAGAUCUUGGAGGUAUAUCCACUGUGGUUCUAAAUGGCUACGAUGUAGUAAAGGAAUGCCUUGUUCAUCAAAGCGAAAUUUUUGCAGACAGACCAUGCCUUCCUUUAUUCAUGAAGAUGACAAAAAUGGGAGGUUUACUCAAUUCCAAAUAUGGCCGAGGAUGGAUUGAUCACAGAAGGUUAGCUGUAAACAGCUUUCGCUAUUUUGGAUAUGGCCAAAAGUCUUUUGAAUCUAAAAUUUUAGAAGAAACCAAAUUUUUAAUUGAUGCUGUUGAAACAUAUAAAGGCAGACCUUUUGACUUUAAACAGUUAAUAACAAAUGCUGUUUCAAACAUAACCAAUCUGAUCAUUUUUGGAGAACGAUUCACUUACGAAGACACUGAUUUCCAGCACAUGAUUGAGCUAUUUAGUGAGAAUGUGGAGCUAGCUGCCAGUGCCUCAGUCUUCCUAUAUAAUGCCUUCCCGUGGAUUGGCCUCUUACCUUUUGGAAAACAUCAACAGCUGUUCAGAAAUGCCGCUGUGGUCUAUGAUUUUCUCUCCAGGCUUAUCGAAAAAGCUUCUCUCAACAGAAAGCCUCAGUUACCUCAGCAUUUUGUUGAUGCUUAUUUAGAUGAGAUGGAUCAGGGUAAAAAUGACCCAUCAUCCACUUUCUCCAAAGAAAACCUAAUUUUCUCUGUGGGUGAACUCAUCAUUGCUGGAACUGAAACUACAACCAAUGUGCUACGAUGGGCAAUUCUUUUCAUGGCGCUUUAUCCUAACAUUCAAGGACAAGUGCAGAAGGAGAUUGACUUAAUUAUGGGACCCAAUGGGAAGCCUUCUUGGGACAACAAAUGCAAAAUGCCUUAUACUGAGGCAGUUUUGCAUGAAGUUUUACGAUUCUGUAAUAUAGUGCCAUUAGGGAUUUUCCAUGCAACCUCUGAAGAUGCAGUUGUACGUGGUUAUUCUAUUCCUAAGGGCACGACAGUAAUCACAAAUCUCUAUUCUGUACACUUUGAUGAAAAGUACUGGAGAGACCCAGAAAUAUUCUAUCCGGAGCGAUUUCUGGACAGCAGUGGAUAUUUUUCCAAGAAGGAAGCUUUGGUUCCGUUUUCCCUAGGAAGAAGACAUUGUCUUGGAGAACAGCUGGCUCGGAUGGAAAUGUUCCUGUUUUUUACAGCAUUGCUUCAGCGGUUUCACUUGCAUUUUCCCCAUGAACUGGUUCCAGAUCUGAAGCCCAGGUUAGGCAUGACCUUGCAGCCCCAGCCCUACCUCAUCUGUGUGGAAAGACGCUGAAAGGGCAUGAUGUUGUGUGGAAUGAGGCCAUGUAUGUUCACCUCACCCCUGAACCUAGUUUAAUCAGUGUGUGUUUGGUCAAAAGCCACAGCAUCAGAAAGUUAACACAGAUAUGUCUUUAGUUCAUUUUAAUUUUUUAAAUGCAGAU